UGAUAAUGACCACAAUUGAGCUGAGGUGUCAUAACUAAUUAGUGGGGAACAUUUGCAAAAUAUAAAUGAGAAAUAGAAAUACAGUAAUAACUAACUAUGUACUGUUCCAUAGCUGGAGAGUACAAGUAAAUCGAGCGGACAGAUUGGUUAGGUGCGGUAAGCGCGGAGUUGGGGGACCACAAAUUCAUCAGUUAGGUAUGUUUAUCAGGUUAGGAAGUAGGAAGGCAAGAAGAAGAUAGAAUGGGGGAAGAGAAUUCAAAGCGGAAGAGUUCAUACACCAAAGACACAAUCAUCUCGGAAGAAUUAUGUGAGGAGGACAUUGCUCUGGUUGAUAUCCUCUUCAUGCACGUGCUACAGGACGGUUACAACAUUCCACCUCAAUAUCAUGAUGUUAAGGACUCCUUCUCUCAAAUCAUUCGCAGCUGCCUCAAGGUCCACAGUAUCCACCCUGGAAAAAUCUCCUGCAUUCUAUCUGUCAAACCUGCAAUCUUGAAUGCUUAUCGUACCUUGCAUGGAGGAGCAAUUGGAGCUGUCGCCGAGAGGGUGUCAAUUGCCUGUGCCAGAACUGUUGUAGGAAAGGAUAAGGAACUCUUUCUUGGAGAAUUGAGAAUGUCAUAUCUUUCUGCUGCUCCAUGCAAUGCAGAGGUGGUCAUACACGGGUCUAUCAUUCGGAGUGGAAGGAACAUAACUGUAGUUGCAGUUGAUUUUCGGCUCAAGGACUCGAGGAAAUUGGUCUACACCUCGAAUGCAACAUUCUAUCACAUGCCUGUCGCAAGUUUAUGAACUUAAACUCAAACACAUUAAGUAGAUACAUUUGCUAAACACGUUCAGCAGCUCAUAUUGCAUCACUAGAUGAAUUUGAGACUUAGACUCUUAUCUGUAAUCCCCAAAGCAAUAUUUACAUCUUGCAUUAUCUGAGAUUCCCUUAUUUGUCAUCUGUAUCAUCUUUGUAAUCAAGUGUUGCUUGAUGAAAUACACAAUUGAAUCAUGAUUUAUUGAUAUAGAAUGAAGUGAAAGUCAUGUACAUCACUCUUGUAUUAGUGGUUUGUCCAAUGAAACUCUACUUUAACUGGACUGCUGUAUCACUACUUAUACUGCAAGUCUGCAACAAUGACAAGGAGAUGACAGAUUUUUUUUAUUUACAAUUAAUGGCAUCCGUUAUACUGGACGGCUUAAAU